CUUCAAGACUGUCAAACGCCAUCAAAACAAAACAAGAACGACUAGUUCAUCAACGAGUGAAAUGUCCUCGCAAUUGCUACUCACCCCUUUCCGGUACUACCAGCAAUCUGUUCUUGCUUGCUUUCGACAGUCAUUCAUCCGGUUUUACGCAACGCCAACAACUAGCAGCUCGUCGGAGAUUGCACCAGAAGAACCUACGGAGGAGGAACAACCGGUAGUUUUCGUGGAUGAUGAGAAUCUGCAAGCCGAGCGAGAAGCUUAUAUUGAAAAGAUUCGAAAUAAGUCACGUCUGCUACCGCAGCACAGAAACAUGUUACACGGCCAGCUUCCUUACGAGGAGUCACAGUCCUGGAUACAUGAUACGGUGAAAUACAAGCGAAUGAUGUUGGGCAGAUACGGCAUUGAGAGCAGCAAAGUAGAUCCACGAAUCGUUUUUCCGACAAAGCUUGAAGCCCACGAGAAAGCUGAGUACGAGAGGGUCGCAUUUCCUUACUCCUUACAGGAAAUGAUGACUGCCAAUCGGAAAGCAAAAGAGGAACAGGUUGCCCGCAUUAGAACCCGGGAAGCAGAUAUUGCUAAGAAAAUGGAAAAGUUGGACCAGUGGACUGCGGAUUUGAAUGCACGUAUCGCUAAAAAGGAGGCCGACGCACUAGCAGCUAAACAGCGUAAAGAUAGACUGGUGGAAGAGGUACGACGCCACUUCGGAUUCAAAGUUGAUCCUAAAGAUGAACGCUUCCAAGAGAUGCUGGCGCAGAAGGAGAAGGAAGAUCGCAAAAAGGUCAAGGAAGCUAAGCGAAAGGAGAAGGAAGUUAAGAUGCUGGAAAAAUUGAAGAAACGUACAGCGGAACUGCAGGACGAGGAUACGAAAGAUGAAUUAGUAGCUAGCAAGUAAAAUUUUAGCAUUGGUUCCCAAGUCAGUAAUUUAUUUAACGGAUGCCAAUUUCCUAUCAAUAAAUUAGAUUACAGUAGUAA